AUGGCGUUCAUGCCUAAGGUAAUAGCUGCUGUGGACUUCGGAGGGACUUACAUUGGCUACUGCUAUACCUUUCUACGGGAAAGUACAAAGGGCUUACACUUUCCAGAAUGGGGGCCACACUGUUCCAGUAAAACAAAAGCCUGUGUCCUUUUAAGCCCCAACAGACAGUUCCAUUCUCUUGGUAACGAGGCAGACCGGAAAUUCUUGGAAUUACAGAAAUCUGGUGAAGCACCAGCCUGGUUUUACUGCGAACACAUCAAAAAAAUUCUUACAGAAUCUAAGGAUUAUGUAACGUGUAGGAACAAGCAAUCCCUGGCCGUGACCGAGGUACUCUCUGGUGUUCUACAGUACUUUCUCCAUCACCUGAUUAAGAGAUGUGGGGAUAUAGCGGAGUCUGUAUCACCUGUCGAUGUUCGCUGGGUCUUCAAUCUUCCGGUCAGAGCCAGGAAUGAUGUUAUGUCAGUUCUUAAAUCUGCUGCAAGCAAGGCCAACAUUGACACUGAAGCAAUCUACUUUAUUCCGGAAGUAGAAGCAAUAGUGAUUGCAGCUAAGAUACUCCAUCAGGAUAAAAACAUUCCAGAGACAGAUCAACUCUGCGUGUGUGACCUCGGCGGUUCAUCUGUGAGUGUCGUGAAACUUGAUGUGGACGAGAAUGGAACCAUAAACAUGAAGGAGUGCCAAUAUACAGAUAAUUUCGGAGGUCAAGGUUUGGAUAAACAGUUUUUAAAAUUUUUGAGAAAUGUUCUUGGCUCGCAUGUUAUCCAGGCCUUUGAGGACUACCUGCCGUUACAAAUGCAGGAGUUAAUGAGUUUAUUUGAACUGAGCAAGUCCAAUAUGACACCGGAAUUCACCAGAAAGUAUGUGUUUGGAAUUCCACCUUUGUUGGUAAAAAGGUUUAAAGUGUUCUUCCCAACGUUUCAAGAGGAAGAGCAGUUUGCCCCAAAUCCAAAAUUCGGUGAAAAAGUCAUCAUGUCUCAGAACAGCCUGACAGCCGAUGAAAAAAUUGUGUGGCACUUCCUAAAAGAGCCUGUAGAAAGUGUCACAGAAUACCUUCAGCAUGCCUUCGAAAAUCUUCAAGUACCUAAAACCACGACGGUCAUUAUCACCGGAGGCUUCUCAAAGUACUGGAAGUUGAGCGACCGCAUGAGACGGAAAUUCUCCAAAAGGAGCACGAUUUUCAUAGACGCGCCGGCGGAAGCGCCACUUAUAGGAGCAGUUAUGGCUGGUAGAGAGAUUGAGGCCAAAAAGGUUUUUCAAAGUCUACCAGCGGAAAUCCAGCAAAUGUCAGGCGAUGAGCAAGAAGUUUUUUGUACUUCGUUGCAAAGAGGGCGAUUUGUUGUACGUGACGUCAGUAUCAAUGUUAUUGGUCAUGUCGGCUCCGAACCGAAAUCACUAAUAAGAAGCUUGGUCAUGGGUCAGAAAAGAGAAAACAAAAAUGUAAAGGAAGACGUGUCUAUAUUUAUUGGUAGAAGAAAGCAUUCAAUCAAGAAAAAAGAGGGACUAGAUUCCUCCUAUACAACAUUUAUACUACCUGUUCCACUGAACUGGAAAUCUCUAUACGUGGCUGGUAGAACUGUUAUCAACACCCAAUAUAACACAGCCAGAUCACUUAGACCAAAUGAAUCCUACCGAGAUAUUCAUAGAUCACAUCCACAAGCAAGUCCACGUAAACAGGAUUUUACCGAAGGCGAAUCCCCCGAGAUUUAUGAUCCAGAAGAAACCCCUUCCCCCCGAUCGCUGGGCGUAGAAGUAGCCCCUUCCCCCCGUCAGCUCGGUGUGCCACAGGAAAAGAAUGUAGAUCAGUUGUAUCCUCUCCGAAUCCGAGAGCUGGGCUCCGAGAAUGACGUGUUUCAAGGCCGGAAGUCCUUGCUGGACUGGAGACCAGUAUACAUCCUGAUAUACAGCCUCGCCCAGAAAACCACAGACCUCGUGCAGGAAUCAUACAACGGUCCACAACACAGGAAGAAAACGCUACUAGAUUUCAUCAUUAGAUGGAUAGAGAUGAUUCACAUGUUCAGCUCUCGAACAAAACAGGGACAUCCAUAUAUAGUGGUGUUUGGCAAACACUGUAACCAGCAAAAAGAGACAAUGCAUCAGUCUCGAUCGGAAGUUAUGAUUCGGCAGUUAGAGAAAUAUUUUUCUGGAACCCCUGUGCGUGACUGGUUGAUCAUGGAUCCGCUCCUUCGGGGAGAUGCUGGGGAUGAGCGGGACACAGGAAUAGAACGUCUUCGACAAACCAUAAUGGAUAUCUCUAACAAAUAUCGAAAAGCAGAACGUUUUCCUCGACACUGGAUUACGUUUUAUGAUCGAUUGAUGUCAAAGAAAAGAGAAGGUCAUAAGGUUAUUUCUUCAAAUAUCCUUCGGAAAUAUAAUACAGAACACAGCGAGCCGUUGGACCCUCUCGAUCUGGAGGUAUUCCUGAAAUACCACGUGACUGUAGGUAAUUUUUUUGACUUUCCAAACACUGAUCAUCAGGAUUACGUGUUCCUAGAUCCUAGUGUUAUUUCUGAGGAAGUACGAGUGAUUGAAAGUAUGGCACAGAACGACAAGCCAUCAAGACCAGCUUCCCACAAGUAUGUCGUCAUCCCAAACUCUGUAAUAACGCAGUACCUUGCCUCUGGUAGAGUCCACGACAAGGGACAGAUAAUAGUCAGGGUCUUGAUUGAUAUGGGAAUUUUUGCAAAGCCUGUAACAUAUGACGCCCACGGUAAUUUAUUCGACCCAGAAUACCUAGUUUUAAUGGAUUCUCUUCAAUACAUGAACAUUUCACCACUUCAAGAGAAGCUUUUUGCCGAGAAGAAAUGCAUAACAAUGAGAUUUCGAAUAAAUGGUUGUCUGCCCCUGGCUGUGUUCCAGCGCCUCCUAUCGGCAGCACUGUCACUGUGGUCAGUUGUGAAUUACUCCACCAAGUAUUGUUUGAUGGUAAACAUUGCCGCUUUCUCGUUAGACCAUUACCACCGCCUCGUCUUAGCUAGCCAUGGUAAUGCAGUCGACGUCUAUAUCUAUCACAAGACUGCCAGUGUAAAUAUAAACCCAAGUGUCACACAGAAUGUACGCCAUUUUCUAGAACUGAAUCUAAAAUGUAUUUUAUGCGUGACUUCUUCAGUAAAACAGAAGACACAGUUUGUUCAAAACACAGAGGGUGGGAUCAUACAAAUAACAACAAAAAAUAAGAACAAAAAUGAGAUCCAAGUAAAUGAAGGAAUCUAUGCUGCUGAGUUAGCGACGUGUAAUAGUUUAUCAUCCUGUUUUGCAACAGUGGAUGAAUUACAGAACAAAGAGGAGUGGAAAUGUGAGAAACAUGGCGUUGGUGGAGGAUCACGUGAUCUUCUUGGGGUCUGGUACUCUACCGAGGAGACUUUCCAGGACCCCGUACAUUCCUAUACGUGCAAGGCCGACUGUAAAGGAUUAAAGGAAUACCUCUUGACAAAGACCCCGUCAGAUCAGCUGAUAGGACGACUGGCCCGGCGCCUCGAUCCCAAGGUUCUCCCCUCCAUCUCACAAAGACUAGGCUUGAGUCAGACAGAGAUCCGGCGUGUCCGGGACCAGACUGUGGGGACGUCAGGGUGGCGGAGGUCGUUCUACACUCUGAGGGCCGCCAUACAGGAGCAGGCCCGGACUCUUGGUCAGCUACAGGCGGCAAUCAUCGCGGAGGGAGCCGGGGAACACAUACUUUGUCAGGGAUUACAGGUGGACCAUGACACGGGUUUUAUCUCGGAGGAAUACCUAGAUCGAAGUGUGAGCAGACGAGAGCUGGCAGCCAUUGGAUUAAAUAUCAACACCGACAUUUUUCCACUCGCUGUCGAGCUUGAUAUUUCUUCACAAGACAUCCCGUCUAUUCUACAGAGACCAAUAGAACGUGACCCCACGUUAAAUAUCCGGGACGUCUUGUUACAGUGGUACUUGUACUCAGAGUUCAAACCAACAUUCCGAGUCCUGGUAUCGGCAUUUAUUGAGGUGGGGCUCGACCUGGAGUAUUUAACAAACGCCUUUGAUCAUAACACAAAUAACGAUUUGUUUUAACUGUAAGUAAAACAUCAUGUACAUGUGCACUUCGGGACUUGUCAAACAACAUCAACGGUUUUAAUAAUUUUUUUUUUUAAGUUUUUGUUCUGAUUAUAAAUAUUGACUUUUUCUCGUCACGGUGUCACAUUUUCUUCAUAUGUUAUAAGACAUACAUGCAAUUAAAUUAAAUUAAUUAAAUUGAAAAAGUGAACUUCAUACAUGUACUU